CCAUGUGGUGAUGUUACAACAUGCUCGUCGCCAAUCAUUGGCACUUCAACUUAUGACUUGGUUGGUGAUCAACACGGCGGCUCUUCAUCAGCCUGCGACUCAUACUGCCAAGGGCUGAACGGCGACUCUAGCUAUUGCAAAUACUGGCAGAAUCCCGCAGUUUGUCUUGGUGGUGACCAACCUUGUGGUCCGUCAAUAUGCGAUCCUACAACUUCGACUGUCCCGGACUCCACUUCGUCGACUCCGCCUUCAUCCGUAUCGACCACUACGUCGGGAACUUCUCAGUCGGGGGCCACCACGUCACUC